GCCACACAUGUGGGGACACCGGCACUUGACCCAGGCAUUUAGCAGAACUGUGUCCCUAAUAAUCAACUUCUAGGAACAAGCUUGAACAAUAACACUGCAGCCCUCAAUCUUUAAAUGAGAAUGGGAUUGAUAGCACAGUCCAAAGAAAAUAUUGCAGCAAAAGGUCUUUUCAGCCAUCCUCUCAGACGACUCCUGUGAGUGGGCAGAGCACUAAAGUCUCCCGGAGAAUGUUCCUGUGGGCAGGGAGCAAAGGAGCCCAGGGACCAGACCAAGUAAGAAGGACAAUUUACCAUAAAAUCUGGGAGUACGACACUCUGGACAAGAAGAAAACUGUGACUGCUCUUAAGGCUGGAGAGGACAGGGCUAUUUUCUUAGGCCUCGUUAUGAUUCUCUGCUCCAUUGUGAUCUAUUUCAUUCUGGGCAUUACAAUAGUGCGCUCCUAUUCAGACAGUGUGUGGACAGAGGAAUCCAGCUGCUGUGUGAUCAAUUCUACUAUCAUAGGAGAGAUCAACUGUACUUACAGCUGUGGCUCAGACUGCCGGAAAACGUCCAAGUAUCCCUGCCUGCAAGUGUUUGUCAGUCUGAAUGCAUCUGGGAAGACUGUGCGUUUGUUGCUCAACGAGGAGAUGCACAUUAUGAACCCAGAUUGUUUCUAUGUGCCAAAAUGUCAAAAGGAUCUUGUGACAAUGCAUACAGUAAUUAUAAACAUCAUUGGGCACCUACGAUUGCAUCCUCAGUUCCGCUGCUAUCACGACCCAGCCGAACAUCAGGACAGCGUCCUACUAACGCAGCUGUACAGCCGUACUGCAGUUUUACAGUCCCUCUUUUGGCCCACGAUUAUUUUCUUUGGAGGUACCAUCAUCAUUGCAUUGGUGAAGCUUACGCAAUAUCUGUCCAUACUCUGUGAAAAGAUCAACAAAAUUAAAGGCUGAAAUGGCUACAGAAGUUGCAUCAGAAGCUGUAGAAGAUGAGCUGUAAACUUUGAAAAGUUUUAGGCUGGUUAUUUUGAAAAACUGAAUAAAUAGAUUUUUAUUUAAAUGCUUAUUUUUAUGCAUUUUCUAUGGCAAUCAAAGAUGAAGAAGAGCAGACCUGUUUUAUAUUUAAAAUCCUCUUUAUGAUGUAUAUCUAGCAAAAUCACAUGGGUGCUGUAUGAAGAACAAAAGCUAUGUGACCUGCCCUUGUAAGUGACAGUAAUUUAUUUAUGUUUGGCACACAGAUUUAUUCAAGGAGGAACGAUAUGAACUUCAAAGCAAAGUAUGUCAAACUUUUUCCAUGCAACCUGUAGUUAGGAAAAGGAUAAGAAUCAUUUUCUAUUGUGUACUUUGAAAAGAACCUUUGUAUUACCUCAAGGACUGGAAAUGAUUAAUUCCAGGCAUAUAUUAUGGUUUAAUAUAAACUGUAAUAAUGCAUUUAAGUUGGUCUAAAAUAUUGAGAUACAGUGUUAUAACACAAUGUAGCCAAAUGCGUUUUGGGUACAUUUGCAGUUACAAUAUAUAGUGUGAGGAGCCUGAAUUCUUGUGCGUUCCUUCGACUACUUAAUUGUGAUAUUCUUUUGUAUGACAAUUCACAGAUAUGCUAUCUAUAUUUUUGGCAAAUAGAAAUUCAAGAUUUUCAGUGUUAAUUUCAUACGUUUGAUUUAAACAUCACACAUCUCCUCCUCAUGAAUAAACAAUCGACCACUGCAGGUAUUGCAAUGUACAUGUAGUUUUGGUUGUGCUUUAGGACCUAAUUACUUAACUUCAGCACAGGUUUUGAUUCCCUCUUUUGUUACGAAUAACUGUUAUUGCUUAUUAUUAAUUUAUGGUUACAUGUAGGCAGAUAAAAAAAGGUCAUAGUUACAGCUGGUGCUUAAAUUCAAGUUAUCGCUAUGAUUGUAAAGAUGGCUAACUACUAUUUUCUGAAAUGUAGCAAUUUGCAAUGUUUCCAUAUGUUUUAACACCCAAUGGGCACAUAAAUGACAUUAAGUUGCAGUCAGUUGUGGUAAAUCUGAAACCAUGAAUCAGUUCUCUGGUUGUCUACGUUUCCACCACUGAGUCCUGCAGAUGGGCUUUGAUAAUGGCUGCCUUUAAACUUUUCUGGUUUUAAAAAUAGUUUAACAAAGCAUGAAUGUAGAACAGGGUACAGAAAUGAAUGUGAUUUUUAAAUGGAUGGUGAUUUCCAAAGAAUUUGUGAUUGAUUACAAACGUUGUAUUAAUGCAUCUUGGCAAAAUGAUGUAAUCAGUGUAAAUUCCAUUUUCAUUCCAGUUUGUAUGCUAUGGUAUUAUAUACGAACCACAUUCUCUCAACCUAAAUUACAGUGAAUAGCUUGUCUGUAAGCUAAGAU